GGCUGUAAACCCUUCAGUAGCUCUCCAAGGGGUCUGUGGCUCAGUGCGUAAAGUUAAGGACGGUGCUCCGGACGCACCGCGCAACACUCAUUAUCCCUCAGGCUCCAUGUGCGUCACCUCUGCGUGAUACUUGACAAGGAUUUCUGAUAUUUUGACACUACUACCCGCGCGGGUCGCUGACGGAUGAAAACAUUAGCGUUUUGCUGAUGUGAAGGCGUUUUAUCCUUGAACACAUCAUCUGUCCCGGAGCGCAGAGGGGACAUGGGUCAACUUUAUGGUGCGACUCUUUUACCAUUUGGCGCUAUCUGGGUUGUUUUCCUGUGGCGAUCUGGGGCCAGCUCUAUCAGGACGACGCUUGAAGUGGACACCUCGAGAGCGGAGUGUCCAGCUAGUAAGAUCUUGACCGUGGAGUAUCCCUGUGUCAGAGCCGGGGGGAAGAACAGAACUUGUUUCAGGAGGAAAUGCUGUGACGGAUUCAGGUUUGUGAUGGGCCAGUGCAUACCUGAAAGCGUGGACGUGUGUGCAGCGUCGCCCUGCGAACAGCAGUGUACUGAUAACUUUGGACGAGUUGUCUGCACGUGUUACCCCGGCUAUCGCUUCGACCGAGAGAGACACCGCAACCACAAAUCUCCUUACUGUCUGGACAUUGAUGAGUGUGAGCAUCCAGACAGCAGCAUGUGUGACCAUGAGUGUGUGAACACAGUGGGCAGCUUCCUGUGUCGCUGUCGCAGUGGCUACAUACUCACACCGGACCAACGCUCCUGCAUCCCUGUACACAACUUGAGUUCAUCGGGGAAGUCGGACACCCUGAUGAGUUCUGGUACCUGCUCGUUCACCUGUCAAGAUUUUAUGAACAUGAAAAGCAGUCUGCUGCAGCUAAAACUGAGGCUGGGCAACACACAGUCACCCAACCAGGUACCUGGCCUGGCCAACAGCAGUGACAAGCCGUCUCUGGGGAGGGCAGGAAAAAGUCCUGAUCGUCCUUGUCUUCCUGGUUUACCCGGCCCUCCAGGAGCUCCUGGGGUCCCAGGACACCCAGGAGAACCAGGAAAGAGAGGGGAGCCAGGGGAAGGAGGCCCGCCCGGCCCUCGGGGGCCACGGGGAGACAUGGGACCCAUGGGUCCAGAGCCAGACCUGAAGCACAUGAAAAGAGGCCGCAGGGGGCCAGUGGGACCAUCUGGGGCAACAGGAAGAGAUGGACUAAAGGGUGACAGAGGAGCUCCAGGUCCCAGAGGUCCACCCGGACCACCAGGCUCAUUCGACUUCCUUCUGCUAAUGAUGGCUGACAUCCGCAACGACAUAAUUGAGCUGCAGGAGAAGGUGUUCGGGGAGCGGCGGGGAAUCUCUGUGGACAGUCCUCCUCAUUCCAGCGGGGAAAUGGAUUUUGUAGAGUGGGGUUCUGGACAAGGAGAUCUCCUGCUCAGUACCUGACCUUUGACAUCCCGCACACUAACAUUCACUCAAACCCAGCAAAACAAACACCAAACUUAACUCUUUUAUUUCUUUGUUGAUAAAGGAUGCUGGGAGUCAAAGUGCCAACAUGUAAAUAAUACCAAACCACACAGCGGGGAUGGACAAGGAGCCUUGAUUGCAUUCUUGACACUGCCACAGACAGUUAAACAGAGAGAUGUAUGGAUUAUAA